CUCUACUCGGAAAACAAGCUUUUGAACAAGCCUUGAACAAUCAAGCAAACAAACUGCAAGAUUACACUAGACUAAAGUUUGACCCAUCGUAAGGACUAGAGAAAGAGUGGUGCAAGUGCCGUAUAGUUGCGGAAAUGACUGAUGACAGCCAGUCAUGUAAUACUCCCCUGCACACUGCUGCAAGCCGUGGGGACUUAGAUGAGGUCAGAGAGCUGUUGAAAACAAAGCAAUAUGAAGUCAACGUCAGAAACUCACACAACCAAACAUCUCUUCAUCUUGCAUGUGCUAAUGGUCAUCUCGAUACGGUUUGGACACUAGCCAAUGACUUUGGUGCUGACAUAGGAGCUAUUGAUAAUGAUGGAAAUACACCAAUGCUUUUUGCUGCUAAGAACAAACAUGUGCAAAUAAUUAUAAUGUUGCUUCUAUUAUCAAUGUGUUGUAGACGCCUCUCCAACGGAGACUACGUGUCCUGCUCCUUUAGUCGUAGUGAAAUGGAUUCUGAUCACACUAAAAUGUUUGAGGACGUCCUCUUUGAGUAUUACAAUGAUUCUGAAGCUGUGGAGAAAACUAUGCGUCUGAUAAGCAAAUACUUUGUUGAUUAUAUUCAAUUCAAGGAUUAUAAAGAUGAUGGCUUUAUUGCAUUGUUUGUAGCUGCAUCACUCGGUCUCAAAGACUUGAUUAAUCGACUAGUUACACAGAAUAAAGUAGACCUGAAUAUUAGGGGAUUCCAUGGCUUAUCUGUUCUCCACUGUGCCUGUUUUGGAGGACAAUUCCAGUUCAUGGAGAAUCUUAUUUCAGAACAUCUUAUGGACCUUUCUGUUAAGGAUACAGAUGGGUACUCAGUUUUGCAUUACGCAACUUUAAAGGGGACUCCCUAUGCAUGCAAUGGUGGUCAUAUAGAACUGAUAGACAAAUUAGUGCUUGAAUAUGGCCUCAAUCCCGCAGAUAAAGAUAAUAAUGGUAACACACCUCUACAUACUGCAGCCGCUAAAGGACAUGUUGAAACAGUGAGACACCUGAUUAGCAAGCACAGUGCUGAUACUGAUUGCACUAAUAAUCAGAACAGUACUCCAUUGAUGCUAGCUGUGUUUAAUGGUUGUGUGCAUGUUUUGGAUAUGCUAAUCAAAGAAUUCAACAGCAGUUGUCAUGUCCGAGGUUACAAUGGUUAUACUCUCCUUCACUAUGCAUGCAAUGGUUGUCAUAUAGAACUGAUAGACAAAUUAGUGCUUGAAUAUGGCCUCAAUCCCGCAGAUAAAGAUAAUGAUGGUAACACACCUCUACAUAUUGCAGCCUCCUUUAAAGGACGUGUUGAAACAGUGAGACACCUGAUUAGCAAGCACAGUGCUGAUAUUGAUUGCACUAAUAAUCAGAACAAUACUCCAUUGAAUCUAGCUGUGUGGACUGGUCGUGUGCAUGUUUUGGAUAUGCUAAUCAAAGAAUUCAACAGCAGUUGUCAUGUCCGAGGUUACAAUGGUUAUACUCUACUUCACCAAGCAUGUGAAGGUGGUCAUAUAGAACUGAUAGACAAAUUAGUGCUUGAAUAUGGCCUCAAUCCCGCAGAUAAAGAUAAUAAUGGUAACACACCUCUACAUACUGCAGCCGCUAAAGGACAUGUUGAAACAGUGAGACACCUGAUUAGCAAGCACAGUGCUGAUGUUGAUUGCACUAAUAAUCAGAACGAUACUCCAUUGAUGCUAGCUGUGUUUAAUGGUUGUGUGCAUGUUUUGGAUAUGCUAAUCAAAGAAUUCAACAGCAGUUGUCAUGUCCGAGGUGACAAUGGUUUUACUCUUCUUCACUAUGCAUGCAAUGGUGGUCAUAUAGAAAUGAUAGACAAGUUAGUGCUUGAAUAUGGCCUCAAUCCCGCAGAUAAAGAUAAUGAUGGUAACACACCUCUACAUAUUGCAGCCAUUAAAGGACAUGUUGAAACAGUGAGACACCUGAUUAGCAAGCACAGUGCUGAUGUUGAUUGCACUAAUCAUGUCCGAGAUUACUACGGUUCUACUCUCCUUCACUAUGCAUGCAAUGGUGGUCAUAUAGAACUGAUAGACAAAUUAGUGCUUGAAUAUGGCCUCGAUCUCGCAGAUAAAGGUAAUGAUGGUAACACACCUCUACAUAUUGCAACCAUGAGAGGACAUGUUGAAACAGUGAGACACCUGAUUAGCAAGCACAGUGCUGAUGUUGAUUGCACUAAUAAUCAGAACGCUACUCCAUUGAUGGAAGCUGUUCGGAAGGGUCGUGUGCAUGUUUUGAAUAUGCUAAUCAAAGAAUUCAACAGCAGUUGUCAUGUCCGAGGAUACAACGGUCGUACUCUCCUUCACCAAGCAUGCGAUGGUGGUCAUAUAGAACUGAUAGACAAAUUAGUGCUUGAAUAUGGCCUCAAUCCCGCAGAUAAAGAUAAUAAUGGUAACACACCUCUACAUACUGCAGCCGCUAAAGGACAUGUUGAAACAGUGAGACACCUGAUUAGCAAGCACAGUGCUGAUACUGAUUGCACUAAUAAUCAGAACAGUACUCCAUUGAUGCUAGCUGUGUUUAAUGGUUGUGUGCAUGUUUUGGAUAUGCUAAUCAAAGAAUUCAACAGCAGUUGUCAUGUCCGAGGUUACAAUGGUUAUACUCUCCUUCACUAUGCAUGCAAUGGUUGUCAUAUAGAACUGAUAGACAAAUUAGUGCUUGAAUAUGGCCUCAAUCCCGCAGAUAAAGAUAAUGAUGGUAACACACCUCUACAUAUUGCAGCCUCCUUUAAAGGACGUGUUGAAACAGUGAGACACCUGAUUAGCAAGCACAGUGCUGAUAUUGAUUGCACUAAUAAUCAGAACAAUACUCCAUUGAAUCUAGCUGUGUGGACUGGUCGUGUGCAUGUUUUGGAUAUGCUAAUCAAAGAAUUCAACAGCAGUUGUCAUGUCCGAGGUUACAAUGGUUAUACUCUACUUCACCAAGCAUGUGAAGGUGGUCAUAUAGAACUGAUAGACAAAUUAGUGCUUGAAUAUGGCCUCAAUCCCGCAGAUAAAGAUAAUAAUGGUAACACACCUCUACAUACUGCAGCCGCUAAAGGACAUGUUGAAACAGUGAGACACCUGAUUAGCAAGCACAGUGCUGAUGUUGAUUGCACUAAUAAUCAGAACGAUACUCCAUUGAUGCUAGCUGUGUUUAAUGGUUGUGUGCAUGUUUUGGAUAUGCUAAUCAAAGAAUUCAACAGCAGUUGUCAUGUCCGAGGUGACAAUGGUUUUACUCUUCUUCACUAUGCAUGCAAUGGUGGUCAUAUAGAAAUGAUAGACAAGUUAGUGCUUGAAUAUGGCCUCAAUCCCGCAGAUAAAGAUAAUGAUGGUAACACACCUCUACAUAUUGCAGCCAUUAAAGGACAUGUUGAAACAGUGAGACACCUGAUUAGCAAGCACAGUGCUGAUGUUGAUUGCACUAAUAAUCAGACUGAUACUCCAUUGAUGCUAGCUGUGUUUAAUGGUUGUGUGCAUGUUUUGGAUAUGGUAAUCAAAGAAUUCAACAGCAGUUGUCAUGUCCUAGGUGACAAUGGUUAUACUCUCCUUCACUAUGCAUGCAAUGGUGGUCAUAUAGAAAUGAUAGACAAAUUAGUGCUUGAAUAUGGCCUCAAUCCUGCAGAUAAAGAUAAUGAUGGUAACACACCUCUACAUAUUGCAGCCAUUGAAGGACAUGUUGAAACAGUGAGACACCUGAUUAGCAAGCACAGUGCUGAUAUUGAUUGCACUAACAACUACAACAAUACACCAUUGAUGGGUGCUGCGCUGAAUGGUCGUGUGCAUGUUUUGGAUAUGCUAAUCAAAGAAUUCAACAGCAGUUGUCAUGUCCGAGAUUACUACGGUUCUACUCUCCUUCACUAUGCAUGCAAUGGUGGUCAUAUAGAACUGAUAGACAAAUUAGUGCUUGAAUAUGGCCUCGAUCUCGCAGAUAAAGGUAAUGAUGGUAACACACCUCUACAUAUUGCAACCAUGAGAGGACAUGUUGAAACAGUGAGACACCUGAUUAGCAAGCACAGUGCUGAUGUUGAUUGCACUAAUAAUCAGAACGCUACUCCAUUGAUGGAAGCUGUUCGGAAGGGUCGUGUGCAUGUUUUGGAUAUGCUAAUCAAAGAAUUCAACAGCAGUUGUCAUGUCCGAGGAUACAACGGUCGUACUCUCCUUCACCAAGCAUGCGAUGGUGAUCAUAUAGAACUGAUAGACAAAUUAGUGCUUGAAUAUGGCCUCAAUCUCGCAGAUAAAGAUAAUGACGGUAACACACCUCUACAUGUUGCAGCCAUUAAAGGACAUGUUGAAACAGUAAGACUUUUGAUUACUCAACACAAAAUUGAUAUUAAUAUCACUAAUAAUGUUUACUCUACCCCAUUGUGUUUAGCAGCUGAAGGUGGUCAUGAGAUCGUGAUUCAUGCCUUUAGUAAAGAGUUUAAAUGCAGCCCACAUAACAGAGGCUACAAUGGUCAAACUCUGCUUCACUAUGCUUUCCAAAAUGGUCACGUAGAACUAUUGUAUAAACUGGUAGCUCAAUAUAAGGUGGAUCCAACAAUUAGAGACAAUGAUGGGAACACACCUCUACAUCUUUUGUGUCCUACACCGCAUACUGAAGACAUGCUAAGAACAAUCCUUUUCAAGUACCAGUACUGGACAGUGUUUCAAGUUAAUAAUAAAGGUAACACCCCUCUUCACACAGCAACUCUAUAUGGGCAAGCUCAUUGUGCACGUUUACUAUUGCAGAAGUAUGAAGCUCCACUUUUUGUGCGAAAUACAGAUGGGAAGACAGCCCUUGAUUUAGCUAAACUUCAGAGAAAACAAGAAAUUGUUACAAUUUAUGAAAAUCAUACUUCCAAACUCCAGUUAACCUAUGAGCAACUAGACGAACUUGCUAAACAAGAGUUUACUGGUGAAAAGAACCUCACCAGAAUAUUUGUUGUAGGGCAUCCAGGUGCAGGGAAAUCCACGCUUGUUGAGACUAUCAAAAAGAAAGGUUUCUUCAGCUACUUCAGCACGUCAACUGUUGCCCCUCACACUGCAGGCAUUAUUCCAAGUACUUAUGACAGUAGUUAUUAUGGAAGAAUGAUACUCUAUGAUUUUGCUGGUGAUUCCGAGUACUACUCCUCACAUGCUGCAAUUAUGGAGUCAAUCAACACAUCAAAAGGAAGUAAUAUAUAUUUGAUAGUUUGUGAUUUGAGUAAAGGCGAAGAAGCUGCUGCCACUAAAUACAGCUACUGGCUUUCAUUUCUAUCAUACAAUAUUAAGCAAUUCUCAAACAUGAUUAUCCUACCAGUGGGAAGCCACGCUGAUGUAAUCAACAAAACAUCAGUUGAACAAGUGUUACGUGUUCUUGACAGCGUAUCCCAAAAGUUCUGUAGCAGCUCUAAGAUUGAUGGCUUUCAAAUUGAACAAAGUGUUUCUCUUGAUUCUCGUAAACGAGGGACUGUAGUAAAUGACAUAAAAGAACUCACUAAGAAAUUUUCCAAUUUGGUAUCCCUUUCCCCAGAGACAAGCACACUCUUGGGAUUGUUGAAGAAAGACUUUGAACAUGUUCCAGCUUGCAAAGUAAGCCUCCUUAUCUCUCACAUAGAAGAGACGGGAAUUCCGCUGCGACUAAAUUCUUCAUUACUAUACACUCUCAUAAGAGAGUUACAUGAUUUGGGUCUGCUAAUGGUGAUAGAGAGAGAAGGGGACUCCAUUGAGAACCAUAUAAUAAUUCUCAAGAUAUCAACAUUCACAUCAAAUGUACACAAAAAACUCUUUUCAGAGUCUGCUAAAGCUGACCUCACAGAGCACAUUCAUCAACUCAAGUUUAGCGUAGGUAUUAUUCCAGAAUCACUACUGGAGAGAGUACUGCCAGAGUACAUCACAAAAGAAAGUCUACUGCAGUUGCAGUACUGUCACGAAAUUGAAAAUUUGCACGUGGAAAAGGACCACACUCUUUCUCAACUCACUUUAGAACCUGUACCAACAGAUAGUGCCACUAAAGAGAAAUCUCAUUUAUUUUUCCCUGCUCUGUGUGAUCUCAAGCUUGAGGACAUUCAAUGGCCUAAAUCCAAAGGUGAUAAGAUUACUUUGGGAUGGUAUGCUAAAUGUGAUGGUGACAGAUUCGACUUCUUCCCAACACGAUUUCUUCAUGUGCUUAUCGUUCACCUCUCUCACAACUUUGCAUUAAAACAAAACCUUCCAACAAGACACAGACUCUCACCUACAGCUUCCAAUUCUUUGAUUGCUGAGGUACAUGCUGCCAAUCCUAGCUGUCAUGUCUGGUCGACUGGUCUGCAUUGGCUUAUGAAGAAUGGAGUGGAAGUAUUUGUCGAUAUGCCUAAAGAAGCUGAUAGUAAAGAACUGGUUGUACUAGCAAAGAGUGACGUCCGAAAUCAAGCCAAGUGUUCUGAAACUCUGCAUCAAGUUAUUCAAAAGGUAGUGGAAACAAAAGUUGAAUUCUGUGCUAGUAUAGUGCCUACUGUUUACCUUCUUGAUCCGAGUAACCUCAAGGAUGAACCUUUUACGAAUGCUUUGAGUUCAUCUAAAUACGCUCUUAGUGAUAUCGAAGAAGCACUAGCAGAAGGCACUGAGGAAGUUGCCGAUAAAGACAGGCAAUGCUUCUCCACUCCGAUCAAAGAAUGGAUUAGCCCAACAAGAUGGGCCAUAUCUUACUGGAAUUUGUUUUUUCCAAUGAAUACCUUCUUGGUUCAUUCUGCUUUGCAAGAAGUAAAGGAUGCUCAAUGGAAACUGCUAGGAAUGAGUCUUCCGAUCCCCUGGAACAAAUUAGAUGACAUUGAGAAUAAUAACUCAUCAUACCCUGGUGACAUUGCUAAGAAAGAAGAAGUAAUUCGACUAUGGAUGUCUCAAGAACCCACCUGGAUAGUGUUGGUAGAUGCUCUCAAUCAAUCUGCAUAUGAAUGGUCACAGAAUUCAAGUCAAAUCUCACAAAAGCAUAAUGUGCCUCUACAAAAGAAAAUUCUCGAAAAAGAUUCAUCUCUCCGUCCUGACGAGGACUUUCUCCAAUCAUUUGCUGCCGUCAUUGGCUCUCGUUGGCAGUGUCUUGCUUUUCCCCUCUCCCUCACUUCUGAAGACAUUGUGAGCGUUAAGAGAGAGACAAGAGGAGCAGAGCCUACCAGACAAGCACUCGUCAUGCUGCAGAAGUGGGCAGCCAGGGAGACGGCAAUUUAUGGUCAGUUGAGAGAGAGACUCCGUACACUCUCAGUGUUUAAUAUCUGAGAAAAGUAUGUAGAUAAUUAUAGCUGUUUACGAAAAUGUAUCACCUUGUUUGUGUCACUCAUGCUUUGCCAUUAAAUUUAAACAACAAUGUCACAACUGCACUUUCAAUUUUUUACACUGCGUAUACAACCUUCAAAAAAGCACUUUAAUGUUGUCAAUUCUUAUUAGUUAAUUAUGCUCCCUCAAGUAAUUUUUGUAGCUUCAAAUAGUGUUGUACAAAAACUUCUGUAACAGUUCCAAGAUUGAUGGUUUACAAAGCAUUGCUCUGAUGUUGUAAACGAGAAGCUGUGAAUUACUUAUUGUUCUCUGUUGGAUUUUCCCCAGAGACAAGCUCUCUUCUGGGAUUGUUGAAAAACACUUUGACUAUGUUCCAGCUUGCAAAGUAAGUCUCCUUAUCUCUCACAUAGAAGAGACUUAAAUCCGGCUCACACCCUAAGAGAAUUACUCACAUCAGGUGUACCCAUAAUGAUCAAUUUAAAAGCAGACGUCAUCAGCUAGUCAACUCAAGCUCAGGGUAGUCAUCAUUAUUACAAAAUUGCUACUGCAUCGCUACUGCAUGGAAAAAAUACUACCACAAACUGCAGUACUGCUGAGAAUUUUAUAAGUGGAAGAGUACCACAGCCUUUCUCGAACUCACUUCAGAACCAGUACCAACUGAGAGUGCCACUAUAAAGAGAAAUUUCGUCUCCUUUUUGUGAUCUCUGGAUCAAAGGUGACCAAGGAUUUUUUGCUAAAUGUGAUGAUGGCAGAUUUGACUAUUUCCUAACGAUUUUGUUAUCUCAUUUCUCUCACACAGCUUUUCAUGAAAACAAAGCUUGCCAACAAGCCGCAGGCUCUGUAUAAUAUUGAACUUCUAAUUCUUCUACUUCUUUGAUUGCAGAGAUCCAAUUAUGCUGCCAAUCCUCGCUGUCAUGUCUGGUCUACAUGUAGUAAAUGAAAUAAAGGAACUAGCGAAGAGAUUAGAGUCUCUUUCCCCGGAGACAAGCACACUUCUGGGAUUGUUGAAGAAAGACUUUGAACAUGUUCCAGCGUGUAAAGUGAGCCUCCUUAUCUCUCACAUAGAAGAUACUGGAAUUCCUCUGCCACUAAAUUCUUCAUCACUAUACGUUCUCAUACAAGAGUUACAUGAUUUGGGUCUGCUAAUGGUGAUAGAGAGAGAAGGGGACUCCAUUGAGAACCACACAAUCAUUCUCAAGAUAUUAACCCUCACAUCGGAUGUACACAAUAAACUGUUUUCAAUGUCUGCUAAAGCUGACCUGACCAAGCAUAUCGAUCAACUCAAGCUCAGCGUAGAUAUUAUUCCAGAAUCACUACUGGAGAGAGUACUACCAGAGUACAUCACAAAAGAAAGUCUACUUAAGCUGUAGUACUGUCAAGAAAUCGAGAAUUUGUACGUGGAAGAGGACCACAGUCUUUCUCAAAUAACUUCUGUACCAGUACCAACAGAGGGUUCCACUAAAGAGAAAUCUCAUCUAUUUUUCCCUGCUCUAUGUGAUCUCAAGCUCGAGGAAAUUCAACGGCCAACAUCCGAAGGUGAUAAAGUUGCUUUGGGAUGGUAUGCUAAAUGUGAUGGUGACAGAUUUGAUUUCUUCCCAACAAGAUUUCUUCAUGUGCUUAUCGUUCACCUCUCUCACAACUUUGCACUGAAGCAAAGCCUGCCAACAAGACUCUCCACUACAGCUUCUGAUUCUUUAAUUGACGAUGUAUAUGCUGCCAAUUAUAGCUGUCGUGUUUGGUCGACUGGUCUGCAUUGGCUUAUGAAGAAUGGAGUGGAAGUAUUUGUCGAUAUGCCUAAAGACGCUGAUAGUAAAGAACUAAUUGUACUAGCAAGGAGUGACAUCCGAAAUCAAGUCAAUUGUUCCGAAACUCUGCAUCAAGUUAUUCAAAAUGUAGUAGAAGCAAAAGUUGAGUUCUGUGCUGGUAUAGUGCCUACUGUUUACCUUCUUGAUCCGAGCAAUAUCAAGGAUGAGCCUUUUACAAAUGCUAGAAAUUCACCUAAAUACGCUCUUAGAGAUAUUGAAGAAGCACUAGCAGAAGGCCCUGAGGAAGUUGCUGAUAAAGACAGACAAUGCUUCUCCACUCCAAUCAAAGAUUGGAUCAGCCCAACAAGAUGGGCCAUAUCUUACUGGAAUUUGUUUUUUCCAAUGGAUACCUUCUUGGUUCGUUCUGCUUUGCUAGAAGUAAAGGAUGCUCAAUAGAAACUGCUAGGAAUGAGUCUUCCAAUCCCCUGGAACAGAUUAGAUGACAUUGAGAAUAAUUAAUCAUGGUGAUAAUGCUAAAAAAGAAGAAGUAAUUCGCCUGUGGAUGUCUCAAGAACCCACGUGGAUAGUGUUGGUAGACGCUCUCAGUCAAUCUGCAUAUAUGGAUGGUCACAGAAUUCAAGUCAAAUCUCACGAAAGCAUAAUGUACCUCUACAAAAGAAAGUCAUCUGCGAAAUCAAUUCAUCUAUAUCCGUCCUGACAAGGAUUUUCCAAUCAUUUGCUGUCAUUAUUGGCUCUCGAUGGCAGUGUCUUGCUUUUCCCCUCUCCCUCACUUCUAAAGACAUUGUGAGCAUCAAGAGAGAGACAAGAGGAGCAGAGCCAACCAGACAAGCACUUGUCAUGCUGCAAAAGUGGGCAGCCAGGGAGACGACAACUUAUGGUCAGUUGAGAGAGAGACUCCGUACAUUUUCAGUGUUUCAUAUCUGAGAAAGUAUGUAGAUAAUUGUAGCUGCUUACAAAAAUUUAUCACCCAAUGCUUUUCAGAACUCAUACUUUGCCAUUAAAUUUAAGCAACAUUAUUUUUACUACUGCAUGCACUUUCAAUUUUACUUUUUUUUAAGUGCCCUGCAAUAUAUACACUGUAUAUAACUUUCAAAAAGCACAUAAUUUUGUUAGCCUUUACUAAUUCUAUUAAUGCUCCCACAAGUAAUUUUUGUACUGCAGCUAGAGCUUCAGCUAGUAUUGUACAGAACUUCUGUAACAGCUCCAAGAUUGAUGAUUUACAAAGUAUUGCUCUGAUGUCGUAAACGAGAAGCUGUGAAUGACUUAUACAAGCUCUCUUCUGGGAUUGUUGAAAAACACUCUGACUACAUUCAAGCUUGCAAAGUAAGUCUCCUUAUCUCUCACACAUAGAAGAGACUGUAUAUAAUUCCGCUCACACCCUAAGAGAGUUAUACUCGCAUCAGAUGUACCUAUAAUCAUCAAAUAUUGUCAAAGUCUGCUAAAGCGGACGUCACCAAGUACAUCGAUCAACUCAAAUUCAGCGUAGCCAUAAAUAUUACAGAAUUGCUACUGCAUGGAAAAAUAUUAUCAGAAUAUACCACAAGCUGCAGUACUGCCACGAAAUUGAGAAUUUGUAUGUGGAAGAGGACCACAGUCUUUCUCAACUCACUUCAGAACCAGUACCAAUUGAGAGUGCCACUAAAGAGAAAUCUCAUCUUGCUUUUUUUGAUCUCUGGGUCAAAGGUUACCCAGGAUUUUAUGCUAAAUGUGAUGUUCGUAGAUUUGACUAUUUCCUAACGAUUUCUUCAUCUCAUUUCUCUCACAGCUUUUCAUGAAAACAAAGCUUGCCAACAAGCCACAGGCUCUCUAUAAUAACCUCUGAAUAUUGAUUUUCUGAUUCUUCUACUUCUUCGAUUGCAGAGGUUCAAUUAUGCUGCCAAUCCUCGCUGACCUGUGUAGUGUACAUGUAUACUUGGUAUGCAGGCUUAUGAAGAAUGGAGUGGGUGUAUUUGUCGAUAUGCUUAAAGACGCUGAUAGGAAAGAACUGAUAGCGAGAAGUGGCAACAAAACAUAAAAUGUGCUAACACUCUGCAUCUAGUUAUUCAGAAUGUUGUGGAAAUAAAUUGAUUUCUGUACUGCCUUCUGUUUUUACCUUCUUGAUCCGAGCAAUCUCAAGGAUGGAUGAAACUUUUACGAAUGCUAGAAAUGCAUCUAAAUAUGCUCUAAGAGAUAUUGAUGAAGCAUUAGCAGAAGGCACUAAGCGAGUCAUGGAAAGAAGGAUAUGCUUCUCUAUUCCGAUGAAAGGAUGGUCAUCCCAAAAGAUGGACUGGAUCUACAUAUUACUGGAGCACUGAUUAACUUACCGAUAAAGACAUAAAAUGCUCCACUUCAAUCAACAUUGGAUCAGCUCACACACAGAUUAAUUUGUUGUUUCUGAUGUGUGAGUCCAUGAUCGACUCUGCUUUGAACUGCUUAGGAAUGAAACGAAGCAUCCUUCCCUGGUGACAUUGCUAAGAAAUAAUUCGACUGUGAAUAUCUCAAAAACCCACCUGGAAAAUGUUGGUAGAUGCUCUUGUAGUCAACCUACAAUUGGAUUGUCCAACGAAACAAGUCAAAUCUCACAAGAGCACAACGUGCUUCUACACAAGAAAAGCAUUAUCGAAAACAAUCAUCUGUCCGUCCUGACGAUAAAAUUUUCUCCAAUCAUUUGCUGCCAUCAUUGGCUCUCGUUGGCAGUGUCUUACAUUUCCCCUCUCCCUCACUUCUGAAAACAUUGUGAGCAUCAAGAGAGAGACAACCAGAUGACAAGCACUCGUCAUGCUACAUGGUCAUACACUUUCCGUGUUUCAUAUCUGUACCACAUUAUGUGUAGAUUUAACUGCAUGCAUUCACAUACUGUAGAUAUAGCUGUUCAAUCCAAUUAACACAUGUUUGUGUCACUGAACUUUCAGAACUCAUGCCUUGCCACUUAAGCAAUACUGCUGCACUUCCAAUUGUCAUUUUUUCUACUGAUAUAAUUAUAUGCAACAUCUUACGUCCUUCAAAAUUAGCACAUUUUUGUUACUAGCUACUGUACAGUUAUUCUAAUGUUGUCAAUUCUGACAUGAAUGAAAUGAAUUUUUGCACUCAGU